AUGGCGCGCCCGCCACCUGCAGCUGCCUCAGCAGCCUGCUCCGUUCCUCGCCGGUGCACCCACGGCGCGCCCGCCACCUGCAGCUGCCUGGGCAGCCUGCCCCGUUCCUCGCCGGUGCACCCACUGCGCGCCCGCCACCUGCAGCUGCCUCAGCAGCCUGCCUCGUUCCUCGCCGGUGCACCCACGGCGCGCCCGCCACCUGCAGCUGCCUCAGCAGCCUGCUCCGUUCCUCGCCGGUGCACCCACGGCGCGCCCGCCACCUGCAGCUGCCUCGGCAGCCUGCCCCGUUCCUCGCCGGUGCACCCACUGCGCGCCCGCCACCUGCAGCUGCCUCGGCAGCCUGCCCCGUUCCUCGCCGGUGCACCCACUGCGCGCCCGCCACCUGCAGCUGCCUGGGCAGCCUGCCCCGUUCCUCGCCGGUGCACCCACUGCGCGCCCGCCACCUGCAGCUGCCUCGGCAGCCUGCCCCGUUCCUCGCCGGUGCACCCACUGCGCGCCCGCCACCUGCAGCUGCCUGGGCAGCCUGCCCCGUUCCUCGCCGGUGCACCCACUGCGCGCCCGCCACCUGCAGCUGCCUCAGCAGCCUGCUCCGUUCCUCGCCGGUGCACCCACGGCGCGCCCGCCACCUGCAGCUGCCUCGGCAGCCUGCCCCGUUCCUCGCCGGUGCACCCACUGCGCGCCCGCCACCUGCAGCUGCCUGGGCAGCCUGCCCCGUUCCUCGCCGGUGCACCCACUGCGCGCCCGCCACCUGCAGCUGCCUGGGCAGCCUGCCCCGUUCCUCGCCGGUGCAACCACUGCGCGCCCGCCACCUGCAGCUGCCUCGGCAGCCUGCCCCGUUCCUCGCCGGUGCACCCACUGCGCGCCCGCCACCUGCAGCUGCCUGGGCAGCCUGCCCCGUUCCUCGCCGGUGCACCCACGGCGCGCCCGCCACCUGCAGCUGCCUGGGCAGCCUGCCUCGUUUCUCGCCGGUGCACCCACGGCCGCCGAUCCGGCUCACGCGGUCCGCGCUGCACGCUACAAACACCUACACUGACACCUUACUCCUCAGGCAAUUUGACGGUGUAG